UCAGACGGAAAGCAAUUCAAGUUUGACCAGCCUCAAAUAUACAAUAACUACAUCUAAAAUAUUAUUUUUAACAAUUUUUCUAAAUUUUUCAAACAAUGGUGGAACAACAGAAGCGUCGCUUGGAGGGCGCCAUCAGCGAUAUGAUUGAGGACAUGUAUCGCAGUCACUUGCGUCGCAUGCAGUCGAAGAUGCAUCGCUGUGCCGCCGGUUGUUGUGACGAUGAGCGGGGUUCCUUGGAUAGCGUGCAACGUUGCAUUGAGAAGUGUGCUACACCGCUGAUGGAUGCACAGGAUUAUCUGCAGAAUGAGCUGGGCGAGUUCCAAAAUCAUUUGCAAAUCUGUGUCAAGGAAUGCAAUUCAGAUGCACGUUCCAAGUUGCCGAUGAAUCCCAGUGAUCAGGAAAUGUCACGAUCGCGACAUCUCUUCGAGGUCUGCACUGGCAAUUGUGUGGACAAGCAUAUCAAUCUGUUGCCAGGCCUAAUGAAGUCCAUUAAACGCACACUUGAUCAGGGAGUUCCCAAGCGAUCCAAUCUACGCCAUCAAAGCAACGAGAAUGCUUGACACUUUGGCUCGUUAAUUAGGAAAAUUAUUUCGUUGGUUGUUAACCUCAAUCCCAGUUCCAUGCCGGAUGCCAAACCCAAGCCCAACCCCAAUCCCUUGGCCUGAUAAGCUGCCACCUGUAGGGUCACGGUAGCAAUCCAGAUAAGGCAUUUUUUCAAUUCUUUGUGACUAAAAUUUGUUAGGUUUUCAAAUACAAUUGUGUAACUUAUGUAUUUUACUUUA